AUGAUCCAGCUCAAACCAUCCACACUCGUCCUUGCCCUUUCUUUAUUCGUUUCCUCCACCCUAACUGAGAAUGGAGAACUCUCCUCCAGCCUUGUAGGCUGCAAUGAGGUCUCAUGCCCCAAAGACGGUCCGAAUGACCGCUGUAUAGUGGGAGACAAUACCUUCCUUGGAAUCGGACUAUCCCGCAUCCCCGACGUUCCCUCGUCUCUUGAGGGUUUUUCUCUCAUAAAAGGUGUAAAUGUGUCUGUUUCACUGGCUGGAAAAGAUAAUGAUAAGGCCACACGCCCUUUCAAGUCAUUCUACUACCUCGGUACACCCUCGGACGUAGAAAUCAAGAACUUGUCUGGCUGUGUUAUCCUAUUUCACGACGCCCCGUUCAAGAAAUUCGACGGGCCAGACCUAGAGGGCAUUUACAAUGGAAAUGAUGUCCGCGCUGCGCGCGGUACCUGUUCCGAUGUCAUUGACAAGACAUGCAUCGAAAAGCUUACGGAGAAGGCAAUGGAAUUAGCCGAAGAGGCUAAUGGAAAUAUCUGCACAAUGCUUGAGAGAGAAUUGAAGACGACUUCUCUCCAUGAAUGCAAUGGAUUUGCAGGUAAAGGUAGCAACCUUGGGAAUUUCACUGUUAAGUCGCUCGAUGGUCUCAAUGGGGUUAAGAAUUCCUCAGGCUGUUGGCCGAUUCAGCCCAAGUCUGAUCAGUUGGCGGAGAUAGCGAAUUUCACUACUCUGAAGAACUAUUCGGCACAGGCUCUCCUUGACGAGGCCUAUAAGAUUACACCGGUUCUCACUGUGUUCGCUAGGAAGGGCAACAGCAGUCUUGUCAACCAAACCGCUUCUCAGUUGACAUGUCUGAAAGUUGUCACUGAAGAUGAUCCCAGUGAUGAUGAAAAAGGGAGUGACAAUACUGCGGUGGCUAUUAGGGCAAGCGGGUUUGCUGCUGGCAUUGCGGUACUAGCUGGAAUCUUUGCAUUGCUGUAA